AUGGACGGCCCUCGAUCUAGUGGCCUCCGCAAAAAGAGGAAGUCAAGGUCAGUGAGGGAUCGGGACAGGAGAUCAAAUGGGAUAAAGAACAACCAUGUCAAGGGCUCCGUCUUUCACUUCUCCGACUCGGAGCGAGAGGGCGACAAGGAGCCCCCCUCAUCCCGCCAUCGACCCCCGCGCAGGAAGCGAAAGGAGUCUACUUCUGCUGAAGAGGACAUCAUCGACGGCUUCUCCAUCACAGGGUUCGUGACCCUGGAGGCUCUGGAGAAGAACCUGACACUGACGCCCCAGGAGUGCAGAGGCAACCAGGCAGGGCCCCUUCACAAGAAGAAGGCUGCCAGGGUCCCCAACGGCAUGAGCCUGGAGCCCUGCAAGAACAAUCACCACCACCAACAGCCUUCAGACCAGGAGAACAACCCCCGCCUGGCACACACACAAGGCAAGAAGAAGAAGAAACACCUGAACAAGAAACACACAAUGCUGAAGCCAGGGCAGAACAACUGCAAGGACAGCGACAGCGAGAGUGUGAGCGGAGGGUCCAAGCCUUCCAUCAGGAGCAGCUCCAGAGACAGACUGACUGAUUGUGACACCGAGGAGCAGACCAAGACGGACAAGGUCUCCGAUGCCAGCUCAGAGAAAUUUUUCAGCACUGCUGCAGUUAAAGUUCCAGAUUUUGGCCUCCAUGUGCUCUCCACCAAUGGCAGCCAGGAGCCUCACGGGCCAGGCCUCCUUCAGGUGUCAGGCCUAGAGCGCAGUCAGGAGAGGAGCCAGGAUACCUGCAGGGACCCCCAAGCCCCUGUAUCCUGCACCCCCAGUCAGCCUCUGCCCCCCCAAGCCCGCCCCUUGCCCCAGCCUUCUGUCCCCCGGCCCCUGUCCCCUAAACGGACCCAGAAAACCGUCCCUACCCAGGUUCAGGUUCCGGCCUCCACAAACCUGCCCCCACACUCAGAGGCUCUCCCCAGGCCUCGGACGCCCGCAGCCCUGCCUCUCGCCCAGGGCCAAGAGCCCUCGCCACCUCCCCAUCCCCGGCCACAGCACCAGCCCGAGCUGCUGUCCCACCCCCGGCCUCCGCCGACGCCCAGCCUUCACCCACACCCACCAUUGCCUGCCCUCCCCACCCAUCACCCUCAUCAGCAGCACCCCAGCCAGGCCGGCCCCCACCGGCCCCCAUCACGCUGCCACCCCCGGCCCCUUUCUGCCUACAACGGCCUCAGCCUCAACGGUCACAGCAGCAGCAGGAGCAGCACCCCAGGCACCAAGCCCCACGGGCCCCCUGCUUCCACUUUGCACCUCCCCCAUCACCCGUCUCCUCCUGCGGCGGCAGCAGCAGCAGCCUCCACCUUCCCGCUGCCCUUGGCAGCUAACCAGAGCACCCCCCACAGCUGCCCCCCUGCCUUGCAGUCCUCGCCGCACCCACAUCACCCCAAUAUGUUCGCUCCUCCACCGGCCUUGCCUCCACCACCACCACUUACGUCUAGCACCCUGCCAGCACCCGGACAUCCUGCUGCUGGGAGUGCCUACUCAGAGCAAGAGCUUCUGCGCCAGGAGCUCAACACCCGUUUCCUGGCCUCCCAGAACGCCGACCGUGGCGCCUCGCUGGGCCCUCCACCCUACCUGCGCACCGAGUUCCACCAGCACCAGCAUCAGCACCAGCACCAGCAUCAGCACCAACACACACACCAGCACACCCACCAGCACACCUUCACGCCCUUCCCCCACGCCAUCAUGCCCACCCCAGCACCGCCCAUGGUGCGUACCCCUGCCAGAAAUUUUGAAAAAUACCCAUCAAAAGUGGACCCCUUCUACAGACACAGCCUCUUUCACUCCUACCCACCGGCCAUGUCUGGCCUUCCGCCCGUCAUCCCCCCGACCGGGCCUUUCGGCUCGCUGCAGGGCGCAUUUCAGCCCAAGACCUCUAAUCCACUUGAUGUGUCCACAAGACCAGGAGGCGUCCCACACACAUUCUUACAGAAGGACCCCAGGCUAACGGAUCCAUUUCGGCCCGUUCACAGGAAACCAGGGAAGUGGUGUGCCAUGCAUGUCCAUAUCGCCUGGCAGAUAUACCACCACCAACAGAAAGUGAAGCAGCAGAUGCAGGUCGACCCUCACAAGCUAGACUUUGGCCUCAAGCCUGACUUCCUGAGUCGACCUCCAGGCCCCAGCCUCUUCGGAGCCAUCCAUCACCCCAACGACUUGGCCCGGCCCGCCACGCUCUUCUCCGCCGCAGGUCCCACUCAUCUAUCAGCAGGUCCUUUCGGUCAUCCGCCCCACCAUCCUGGAAACUUCCUCGCCCCAGCGUCUCACUUAGAACCCUUCGGUAGGCCAGCAUCGUUUGGCGGACUGGGAACCCUCAGUUCAUCGGCCUUCGGGGGACUGGGCAAUCCAGCACUGACGGCCAACGCCGUGUUCGGCCUUAAAGAUGGCCCCAACCCCCAGCAGCACUUCAACAGCGGCAGCAACAGCGGCCACCAGGAGCCGUGGAACCGCUUACACCGCACGCCGCCCUCCUUCCCCACCCCGCCACCCUGGCUGAAACCUGGAGACUCUGAGAGGAGCGCCUCAGUCAGCUCGCACGAGAGGGACCGAGACUCUGACAAACGGGACUCGUUGGCCAGUAAAGACGACAAAGACAGGGACUCUGUAGAAAAGCGCCAUUCGCGCCAUCCGUCCCCAGUCCCUCUCAACCCCAUCAGCCUCCUGGGCCACACCCGGCCUCCAGAGCACCACAGGAACCACCUGCCCCCUGCUUCUGGAGAGCCUCAGAGGGACAAGGAGAAGGCCAAGGACAGGGAGAGGGAGCGAGAGCACUCAGACUCCUGGAAAGACAACGGCACAGAUGACCAUAAACUCAAAGACAACCAGCACAGCGACAAGGACACACCUGUCAUCCACGACGGACGAGUGUCAGAGGACAAAGUGUCCAACAGAGGGACGCCAUCGCCCUACAUCCGGCAGACCAGCCUCGACCGUCCCAAUGGCGCGCUGACCCGGGAGGUCCUGGAGAAAAAGGCAGAGCUGCCAUACGAGCACCAGAAGAAGAACAGCGAGGUGAAGGUGAAGGAGGAGCGGAAGGAGGAGCUGGAUGGAGCCACCGAGAGGGCAAGUGAGCACCUACCACAGGCGCCCCCCACGCCGAAUCUCCACCCUCCCUCCUCGAUGCCUAUGCCCAUGAGCAUGGCUGGCGUUCACCCCAUCAACAGCAUCAGCGGCCUGGAGAGAACUCGAAUGGUUGCGCCCUUCAUGGGUAUCAGCCCCAUCCCAGGAGCUGACAGGUUCCCUUACCCUGCCUUCCACUGGGACCCAAUGAGGGACCCCUACAGGGGUCUGGACAUUCACAGACGGGACCCUUUGACCAGGGACCUGUUGCUAAGGAAUGACCCUCUGCACCGGCUGGCGGCGCCUCGCCUCUACGAGGCUGAGCGCUCCUACAGAGACCGUGAGCCUCACGACUUUAAUCGUGACCACAUCCACCCUCUGGCCCUGGAGCAGAGGAGGGAGCAUGAGCGUGCCCAUCUGGAGGAACGCGAGCGCCUCAACAUGCUCAGAGAGGACUAUGAGCACGGGCGCCUCCACCCCGCCAUGCACCAUCCUGCCCUUGACGGACACCUGCAACACCCGGCCCAGGGCCUCAUGGCCCCUGGACUUCCUGGCAUGCACUACUCCAGGGUGAGUCCCUCGGCGGCGGCAGCGGCCGCAGCAGCCGCCGCCGCCCAUCAGAACGGUAUCCUGAACAAAACGCCGCCCACUGCCUCUCUGAGUGCCCCGCCCCCCCUCAUCCCCACGCUGGGUGCCCGGCCCGGCUCACCCAGACGGACUACUCCCCUGGCCACAGAUAUCAGAGACAGACCGGCUCACAAAGACAUUGAGGCCCGGUGAGCUGAGGUGACCCUGCAGCCCCGUGCCUCACACACUGAACUCACACCAAGCACUUAGCUUUGGGCAAAGCCAGACUGUAACAUAGCUGUGAAUAAUUUAUGUGGGCGCAGAAAUGCCCUCACAAGGAAUUGUUUUUGUAUAAAACUACAAAGAGACAAUAAUCAUGGAACAAAAAAGAUUUUUCAACGAUUUUUCUUCCGGUUUGCUCCAACUCGUGUUGUUUCUGUCUCUCGUAUGGCGACGUGAGGCGGGUGAGAAUGAACAGUUUUGGAAUGUACAGGUACUUUAUCACUGACAGACAGCAAAGUGUGUAGAUAAUGUGUACAGUCGCUGUGCUCACCCUGUAUGGACUAAAGAUCAUGGUACAAAUAUGCAAAAGGAUGUUUUGAAAGCUUUACUUUGAACACAUGUACAUAGAGGAGUAUUACAGCGGUGAUUCAGAAUGUGCUUUUUGCUAUUUCCUUUCUGUUUUUUCAGUUGACGCAGCUGAUUAUCUUUGUACCAGAGACCCCAUGUUCAACUAUGCAACAAAUGUCUCGGCUCCCUUUGUGAAAGCUGGCCUUCUCACCACUGACUGUGUGACAACACCGGACAAACGGCUGUAUUCUCUCCACAACUCAGACACACGCAAACAGAUAGCAGCUUCAACCGAUCCACGCCGGGUCAGGUCGCAAUUUGGAACAAAAAGGUUAUGUCUUGAGAAGUAUUCUCUCAAAUAUGAUCAAUUGUAUUGACAAUCCCAAACAAUCAGUUGAUGGAUAUUUUGCAUUUUAAAGGUUUUCUAAUGUAAAAAACAAAAAAGGCCAGCAGCACAAACGUCAACCCCCCCGCCCCGCUCUUGUUGUUCUGGGGAGAAUGCAGCACAUUGAACACCAUGACGGCCCAUCGGCCCGACUGAAGAGUGUAAAGUACAUGUUUUGGAAAAAGGUUCUGUUGGUCAAACGGUGUAUUAAAGUGCUUUCCUGAGUUGUUGUACCUACAAAAUCAAAAGACAAAAAAGCAAGUCUAAACUAUGGACCGUUUGUUUCUAAUGAGCAGAGAUCUAUUUUAGUAGUCCACUGAAAGUUUAGUUGUGCGCUUCAAACUCUGUGAUAUCAUGUCGUGCAGUGUUUUUUAAUCCAACAUAAAAAUGUCCACCGGAGCCAUAGUGGUUAGUCGAUGCGUAUUGCGAAACGAUUGUUCAAUCAGAUUUUUUUUUCUUUCUUUUGUUGCUGUUAACCGUGUACAGGGAACAAAAGUGAAGUCUUUCUAGAUCAUGUACAAAAAUGAGUGAAAAAAAAUGAAGCGACUGAAUCUUCAGCAUGCUCCUCAUUUAAACUUGUGUUAUGUAAAUUGUGCCAUGUUAUUAAAAAAUGUGU